AUGGGUGAUGAAUGCGAACAGCUUUUGCAGACAAUUUUUUUUCUAAUCCCUGACGUGCAGGAUCUUCCCAUGACUCCUCCUUCCGCCGUUGAAUCCAACUUUGCCACUUUCUUCACCAUAGAUUUCAUGAAACCAGCUCACGAUCAGUACGUUUACCGGCACGCCAAUGGCUUGUGUGUGAUUGGGUUGGCUCCUUUCCACGCUGCUUUCAAGGAUGAAGGUGGAAUCACAACCGUUGAUUUCAAUGUUGGGAAGUCUGAUCGCAGCGAGAUGAAAGUCAUUGGAAAGCAGAAGAAGAAUGCACAACACUUUGAGUCCAACACUGCUCUGUGUAAAAUUUCUACCAAAAAUUAUACCUAUAUUGUAAGAUGUUGCGUUAAAGGCUCCCUCUUGGAAGUGAAUCAACAAUUGAUCAAGCAACCAAAACUGCUUAAUGUUUCGUUGUUCCUCGUACUUAUAUUGUUUAUGAGAGCUGAUAUGGCUCAUAUUGGGGUCCCUGGAGACUUCUAG